CAGAAAGCGUAUGUAACAAGCUUGUCGAUAUUCCCGCGGGACCCUUCAUUCUGUGGCAAAUCUCUUUUUGUUGUUGACGUGCUUUUGGCAUUUUUCCCACCUGAAUCGCCAGAAAUGUCCGUGUCAAAUCCCUCUGUUUUGACUAAAGACCAGCUGAAGCGGGAGCUACGUGAGGCCGGAGUGUCUCUGCCGAGCGGGGAGCAGAGAAAGGACGUGUACGUGGAACUGUACCGGACACAUCUGCUGAAAGGUGGGAGGGCGACGCCUGGCAAGGGGGAGUUUUCCAGCGACGAGGAAGAUUCUCUGAGAGGCACCCCAGGACGUGGCAGUGGGAAAAAUAAGGUGUUAAAGAAGACAGUGAAGAAAGCCACCUCUCCAGAGAUGGAUGUGACACAGUUAUCCAACAAGGAGCUAGCAGAAAGGUUGGAGGAACUGGGUGCUACAGUGGGCCCUAUUGUUGCUACCACGCGUCGAGUGUACGAGCGGAAGUUGGAGAAGCUGUUGGCAGAUGGAACCGGCCAGCAGAAUGGAUCUCAGAGCGAGUCAGAUCAGUACAGCGAUAGUGAGGAAGAAGAAGAGGAUGUGGAGGAGCAAGUACAGGCGAGUACGCAAACAUCACCCAGGCUGGAACAGUCCACUAAUAGACCUCAGACUGGAGUGAGAAGGCGACCGGCACCACGGGAACAGCCAGCAGAUCAACCUUUGACCACACGCGACCUUCGUGACUCUCCACGGAAGACAAGGGGGACCCCGGUCAAGGAGACCCAAGGCUUACCACCCAAGCCUACAAGACGCGCGUACCCACCUCCCACCAGGGAGGAAGUGAGUGCAGAAGACGGGGACAGCCUGCAGAGAAAGCCACUCCACCCAGAGGGCGAUGCAGCGCCCGCGCCGGCCAAGAGUCGCUUCUCCUUCUGGCUGAAGCUGGGGUUCUUCCUGUUCCUCAUUGUGUUGGCCAUCCUGGUGUACAGUGCAAUGGAGGGGCGGCACAUCAGCUCUGUUCCCAAACUACCCUCCGACAUGUUCAAGGGAGAAAAAAGUAGCUCUGUGUAGUUAUCAUGGUAGCCAGGGUUGUCCACUACAGAAGGAAUAAGCUGGUUCACAGAUUAAACUGUGCAUGCACAGCAAGAUGCACUGUGGGUAGUAUGUCAAAGGUCAAGGGCCCAAACUUGCAAUUAGUUCCUGUCUGGACCAUGCUUGAUGCAUGUUCCAGGCAUGUUUCAUUUGUCUCUGGGGUCUUCAAUUUAAAAAUAUCACCAACAGUGUGUCUUGCUGCUCAUGCGUACUUGAAUCUGUUAACCAGCUUAUUUCUGGAAGACUCUCUGAAAAUUCCAAGAAAACUCUGCUGAUGUUUCCCAGAGGUUUUCUUACAAGUAUCAGUGUUUUUCUGUGUCAUGAUCAGUAGGUUUCCAUGUACUAACCUUGCAAUACCACAAGUGGUAAUUGAGGAAUCUAAUUUUGUACUUCUAGCUAAAGUAUUCACUUUGCAAACAUGUAUAGCCAUUCUACAAAAAGGUACAUGCUUAUCUUGUGUUGCUUGUACAGUUUAGCAGCUUGGGAAAUUUCUUAAAAAUUGGGUCCAAACUUUAACAAAAUGAGAAGGGGUCUUGCAAAUGUCCACAGCGAAGGUGUACAUGUAUAUAACCUGGUCAGUUUUCACAUGUCAAAUAGUGACAGAAGUUUCAGAUACUUGAAUUACUGUUGAAGUAUAGGUGUAUUAUAAAUUUGUAUGUCUAUGGUAAUAGCAUUAGGAUUGAUCCACGAUACAUUGUGUUAGGUUGAACUGUAUAACACAUUUUGUAACCCAAGUUUAUGCCUUUGACUUUCAAGUUCAAAUUUGUGUCAGUGUCACUUUGUGCUGUAUGUGACAAAUUUCAGUAUCACUUUCCAAAUUCUGGGAAUAACUAGAAAUGUACUUAAAACAGCAAAAGCCUCAGGCAGCUAUGAAAGAAAUGGUUAUUGGAAUGUUGGAAUGGCACAAAAUUAUAACAGUUUUAAAGGUAUUUGUGGUUAUUCUUUCUAUUAUUAAAAGGAAGAAAACUAUUUCCAAAAAUGGCUUUAUCUCAACCCCAGAUACAAACUUAUAGGAUUGGAAUAUUACUGUCUUCUGAAACUCUUUCAGGACUGUGGUUCACCUGCAAAAUAUGUAGAUUCAAAUACAUUUCUUACAAUAUUUCAUUGUUGUGUCCUUACUGUUCAUUGGUCAGCUGAAGAUUCAUAAUUCAAUGAAGGCCUGUGGUGCUAUUAUUUCACUAAAGGUUCCAAUUUCAAAUCAAAUAGCUGUACUAAAAAACAGCGAUCGAUGCAAGAAAUUUUAGCGGUACCACACGCCAUAUUUUCACUGGAGAGAAUGUGCCAAAUUGUCUACUCCACCUGAAGUUAGCAUGAACAGUACAAAUGUUGCGGUAUUUUGAAGAAAAAUGCCUUUGUUGGAAAAGUACCUCAGAAAAGAAGCAGUCUUAUACUUACAAUGUAGUUGAUAUCUAUACAUAUACAAAAAUAGCAUUAGCUUGUACUGACAAUGUGUUUAGUACUGGGUGUGGUGCAUAUGAAGGAAAACAUUGGUGGAUGGACGAGAGAUGUGCAAAAAUUAGCAGGUAAUAACUGAGCUGUUAGAGUCUAUAGCCAGGUAAAUUAUUGACGAACUUGGCUGCAGUUACAGAACUUUUUUGUGGAAAGGCAGUUACUGUUUGACAUCAUUUGGCAAUAUUUCGUAGCCUAGAUUCCAGUCUUUUUAGCUUUGGGCUGCUCCCAAAGGUAAGGUAGCAACCUUUGGGAGCAGACCAAAGCUAACAAGACUGGACCCAUUUGGGUCGUCUGGAAGAGGUUUGGAACAAGGGCAGAGAGUGGGCAGUGGAAAGACAAACAGGUAUAUUAAGGUGCCAUUUUCCGUCAUCUCAGAAAGUCACUAGGUAAUGUAUCGGUACAAAGAUCUGGGAAUAAAUUGCAAUAUGGAAAAAAAACACGAGAUGACAGUGCAAUGAGCUCUAAAUCGAGUAAUUAGUUGAGAAUCAAUUGGUGAUAUACAUGCAGUUGUAGUACUCACACUGCUUUAUAUGCUUGGUUUUUCUGUCCAACCCAAAACUGUGACAUGGGAUGAAUAUAUUAUUCAAAGGUACAUGAACCACUGCCAUUCGUUGUGCACAAGAUUGAAUCUUGCUUUUAAAACAUUGCUUUACCCCUUGUUAUUCCUAAAUCCCUGUGGAGAGCCAUACACUUACAUAUCAAUGCAUCAUACACAACGAAAAAGACAAUAAUACACAUAGCUCACACUUGUUUAGUGUGAGGUGCUGUAUUCAGUUCUCUGCUGAUGACAAUAACAAUAACGAUGGGCUACAUGAGAAAAGAAGGCUUCAUUUUCAAGGUUUUACCCCACCAAACUGUGACAUUAACAGGGUUGGACAAGUUUUCUAAAAAUCACUUGUCCUAUCGGGCAAAUACAAAAAAAAAAUCUACUUGCCUGAACCAACUUUUCACUUCCCUGAAAUUUAAAUGACUCUUUUCUAUCCAUUUUCACAUCCAGCAAUGGAUUACUUUUAACAUUGCGUCUAUUUUUCUGGGUCGACCAAUGUUUGACGCCAUAACUGAAAAGUUGCAAGUAUAGCAAAAUCUCACACAUGGAAAAAUCUUGCUUGCCCGAUGGGCACUUUCACUUGCCCGAGACAAUCGGGCUAGUGGACUUGUCCAACCCUGCAUUAAGAAUUCUAGAAUAAUAAUUAAAUUCUUCUCCCUGCUGCCUAGCCCCAGGCCAGUACAACUAGCUGCCAAAAGGCAACUUUAGCAGGGAAAAGGUUAUGAGAAGUAUUCUGCCACAAAUGAUGAUACCAUAUAACGCUAGUUCAUCUUUAUCCGCAGGGUAAUCUAUUUUCGUUGUGUUUAUCCACACGGUAUUAAGGGAUAUCAAGUUGGCCAACGGUGGUUUCAAGAUGUAAUAUGUUCAAACUAGUGUAGUUUGAAACUAUCGUCCAUCGAUUUAUUAUCCCUAAAUACCCGUUUUUUGAAAGCAACGAAUAUAUAUAUAUAUAUAGGUUACCCUCCGGAUAAAGGUGAACUAUCGUUACAUCUUUCAUUCCUGUGAACUGAUACUCUAUGACAUAGCAAUGAUAUAUUAUGUAAUCUAUCUACCUCUCUCUUUGAUGGAAUGUUUUCUAAAGAUUUUCCAAUGUCCUUUGUCAGAAACAUUGGGUAUACAUGACAUGUAUGUUUCCAUACAUCAAGGGUUUUGUAAAAAGUUUGUGAUAAUCUGCAUUUCAACUUGUAUGUUCAUCGUAGACAAUGUAUGUCUUAAAUGACCACUUCAACUGUAGGUAAUAUUUUAGAAUGGGAAAAUACCUUAAAACAUUGAAUGGAUCAACUUAAGUCAAUGCUGGUACAACAGUAAAAUCAAAGUAUUCCAACAUUAGUUAGCAGAAGAUUAGUUAGCAGAAGGUCAAAUGACUUUAGAAAGAAAAAUGUGUGAUAAAAAAAUCCAGUUGUUGCAUUUUUUCCAUUGAUAUAUUCCUAGUGAA